AUGGCUCCAAGCAGCAGCCAAACCUUGACGUCGUCGUCGUCCGUCAUGUCGACCCGCUCGACGCCGGAAUCCUUGGAUGCGGGAAGAGGCUUCCAAGGCGACCGUCCCAAGUCGUCGACAGCCCCGCUGCCGUGGCCCCGACGAGCCGGUUUUCACAGUGCACGCGCCAGCGGAGCGGCCACUGGCACACCACCCGACGCACCACCGGCUCGCCGCCGGCACACCACUGGCACACCACUGGCACACCACUGGCACACCACCCUCGCCCUCUCGGGCUUCAGCCCCAUCUCCAGCGACGACCGAAUCUGA